AUGUCCGGUUACACGAUCGCAACCAAUUCGUCUGGGAUGUUGACGGAUGACUCUCUUCAUGAGGCUUAUGAGCUGGAAAUCGAAUCACAGAAUGGAGACUUAGUCCGCUUCGGAGAGCUGGUGGCGGGCAAGGGAGACUCGAUCACCACGGUCGUAAUCUUCGAUUAUGUACGAACAUUGUCACAAAAGAUCACCAAUACCUUGCUGGACACUCUCCCAGCCCACGCCAAACCGGCCCAAGUGAUCAUCAUCGGCUGUGGCGAUCAUUCACUCAUUGUGCCCUACAUGGAAGAGACCUCAGACGCCUUCCCCAUCUACACCGAUCCAUCUGGUGCGAUCUUUGAGAAGCUCCAGAUGAAUCGAACCACAAGAGGCUUCACGGAUCCACCCCCAUACACGCCAGAAUCAUUCCCCACCGCGCUUUCCAAAUGCCUGAAGCAGAUAUGGAAACGUGGCUGGGCAGGGCUGAAAGGGGGGGAAUUGGAACCAGCAAGGCGGCGAGUGGAUCUUUCAGCAAGGCAAACUGCGGUAUGCACAUCGGAUGGAGGGAGUAAACGACCAUCUUACCGCAGACCAGUUGGUUGA